AUGAAGCUCCUUGCGUUCACGGUAGUCUUGUCGGCCUUCUUUUCAGUUUUACUUGCGGCGCCGCACAAUAAUCGUUUCGAGGAAAGGCAGAGGGACAAAACCUACACCAUCACAUGUCUCGGAGUCAAUUGCCCUGACAAUCCUCCAACGACUAUCGAUAUUCCCACCACGUACACCGUGCCUGGAGGGGUGCCGAAAACGACCACAACACCUAAAUCAUCUCCACCCAAGACGACUAGUACGCCGACGCCGACGCCAACGCCAACGCCGACGCCAACGCCGACAAGCAAGAGGACAUCCACUAUUCCCCGUAGCACGAGUAGAUAUUCGCCGCCGGACCCCGAAACGACUGACGAACCAAACUAUCCGCCCACAAAGACUAUCAAAACUUCACAGAAGCCGCCAGUGGUCACUUCGGGUACUAAAACAGGACCAGAAGACAGUGGACCGAGCAGUACGAAAUGUCCCGUGCCCCUGUACUACCAGUGUGGAGGAUACUAUGGAGGUGUGCCAUGGACAGGAUGCACAAAGUGUGUGUCAGGAGCUGUUUGUGUUUUGCAGAAUGAUUAUUAUCAUCAGUGUGUUGCGGAUGAUACAGCUAAGCGGGAGGUUAGAAGAUGA